AUGUUCCGUCAGCCGGCAAACGAUGGCCAGAUCGCAUCGCGUGCCAUCGACAAGGUUCAGGACGCGGCAUGCAAGUGCCGAGGCCAAGCUUCCAGAAGCAUUCGCGCAAGCAACGUGGAGAUCAAAAUGCGACAUCCAAGGCCACUGUGCCCUAGGCGCAUGUUCGCAGCUUGCCCUACCGUUGCCAGCGUUGUAGCCUGCAGAGGCCUUGGAUCCCUUUCUGUCGGGCGAGGGAUGCUCUUGGCCUUGUGGACCUUACAGUUGCAGGCACUUGCAGGCCCGGCCGGCUGCCCAGGCUGA